GGCUCCGUGUUUAGGGGGAUGUGGGGUUGUUCAGUGCUUGGGGGGAUCACAGUGCUUGGGGCUUUGGGGCUGUCCUUGUGGUGCUGCUCUGGGGAGGGUUAGGGCACCAGUCCCCAUCCUUAUGGCCGCAGUGGCCCCAUGGCUGCCCUUGUGUUGGUCUUAAAGCAGCUUUGUGCUCCAGCACCCCAUGGCAGGGCUGUGUCUCCAACCCAGCAUUGGGGCUGGGACCUUCCUGUGCACCCCGACAGCCCCGUUAUGGGGUCUCCCCACUGCAGCAGCUCCGGACGGUCCAGGGCUGGUUCUGCUGAUGUGUCACAUUUUCUGCAUUUCUUUCCUCAUUCCUUCGUCCGUGGAGACGUUUCUGGGAAUUGAGUUUCCUUCUGCCAGGGCCUGAGCUCUGCAUCGCCUCCGCCCCAUAGAACGGCCCCAUAGCACGGCCCCAGCCCCACACCAGCACUAGGGGGGACCCCAGAGGGGGCUGUGACUCCCUCCGUCCCCUCCCAGCACUUUCCCAUAGGAAGCUCAGCACUUCAUCCCAUGGGGGUCAGCGCCCGCCCCACGUCCCUCCCUCUGCUCAUCCCACCGCUGCCCUUUGCCCCACGGCCCCGUCCUUGUCCCCAUGCCACAAGGCAAACAGCCCAGGCUCGUGGUAGGAGGAGCCCUGGGGUGCACAGGGUGAGGAGGACCCCGCAGGUCCCAUCCCGGAGCUGUGUCCCACGGCGGAAGGGCCCAUCCCGGUACCACGGAUCCGCUUGGAGGAGCCACAUCCUGCCCAGCCCUGCAGGAAGGGCAGAGGGUGGUGGGAGCUGGACGGUGCCCCACUCACCCCAUGUCCCACAGAUGUGCUGUCCCCAGAGGCCCUGAUUGCAGCCAUGGAGAGCCGCAAGCAGGACAUGGAGCUGCUGAGCAACAGCAUGGCCGCAUACGCACACAUCCGAGCCAACCCCGAGAGCUUUGGGUUGUACUUCGUGCUGGGUGUCUGCUUUGGGCUGGUGCUGACGCUGUGUCUGCUGCUGCUGCGCAUCUCCUGCCGGCCCCGCACGGCCCGGCCCGGCCCCUCCGACCUCAGCGAGGAUGAUGAUGAUGAUGAUGAUGAAGAUGAAGAGGACACUGUGGAUCGCGCCGCCUCCGAGUCGCUGCUGCCGAUGACCGAGAUCCCGUUGGAGUGUCACAGCCCUGGGGACGGUGCUGCGCCCAUCAACGUCUUCGCAUCGGCCGAGGAGCUGGAGCGGGCGCAACGACUGGAGGAGCGAGAGCGGAUCAUCCGCGAGAUCUGGCGCAAUGGGCAACCUGACCUGCUGGGCUGCGGCACCAUGAGCCGCGGGCAUCACUACUGAGCAACCACCACCGGGAACAGGGGGACAACGAGAUGACCAGGAACAGGGGGACAAUGAGAUGACCAGGAACAUGGACCAGUCCAUCACCAGAUGCACUUUGAGCCGUCGGUACGAACCAGGCCGGGGCUGAGCAGCCCCUGGGAUGAAGGCAGCGCUGCUGGUGCUGCCCAUACAGCGCGGUGCUGUCCCGCUUCCCAUCCCUGUCUCCAUCCUGAUGCAUUUAUCUGCCCCCUCCGGAUGUUUCCCGGUGGGCUCAGAGCUGCUCCCCCCCUCCAUAUCCAGCCCACAUCGCUCCCAUCCCCGCCACUUUCCUUCCAUAUGGACAAAAAUAGCUCCAGCCCCGCCGGAUCCAGAUGUUUUCCAGAUGUUCUCCCAGUCCUACAACGGUGGCCAAAGGCCAAACCGAGCCGAGGGCGGCGGAUGGGAAACAGUGCGGGGGCUGCGGGAGGAGGAGGAAGAACCACCACCCCCCCAUCAAAGCCAGUGGGGCAUCAACCCCACAGCAGCCACAGCCCUGCAUGGAGCUGAGUCCUCCCUAUGGAGCCCUUCGCUGCUGCUGGGUAUGGAGGUUUGAGUGGCAGAGUAAAGCUGUGAAAGGCAGAGAUUGAAACACAGAAGGAAGCCGUGACACCUAACCUCAUUUAUUGUGUUUUAUUUGCAUAAACAAACGUCGGGGGGUUUGGCUGAAGAGGAGCCGUAAGAGUCCAAACAAACCCAAAUCCUACUCGGUGUGUGCAAAGGGGGAGCACAGCAAUAAGGGGGGGUAGAGCGGAGCAGGCCGUGCCUUCAGCCUGGUGCUGCCACCAGCUCCUGCUGAGGGCUCUCAUUGCAAGCAGAAGCCAUAAAGCAGGACAAAGGGAGGGGGGUUGCCUUCAUUGUUAUAAAAAAUGAAUAAAAAAGACUGAAAAAAUCCUCGUUUUUGAGCUUUUUUUAAGCCGGGGGGGGGGGCUGAGAUGCCUUAGGAAACCAUUAGCAGGGCGCUGGGGGGGCACAAAAGGAAUUGGGGGGUACAAAGAAGGCAGCAGCACACACCAGGUCUAACACUGCACAAUACCAUGGGGUGGGGGGGCAGCUGUUCCUUUUGCUUUCAAACCAAGCUCAUCCCGUUGCCUCUCAGCCAUAAAAAGGGGAAGGGGUGGCUUAUAAAGGGGUGAUUUUAAAGGGGUGGUUUUUAAAGGCCCCCCCCCCCCCAAUUAAAAGGUGACAUUAAAAUAAAACAAACCCCCCCAUUUAUAAAAGCGAAUGGUUUGGUCCCAAGGAGUCAACACUGAGAUCUUUAUUCACAUGCUUCAAACGCUUCUUUUUCAACGUAAAGAACCGAAAAUGAGUGUUGAAAUGACCAUCGAAUGGAUUUCCCUACGUAAAAGGCCUAAAAAGGAGAGGAUGGGUUAAAAAGAACUGAAUACACAACAGGGAUGGGGGGGGAAAUGGGGCUGGGGGAACCAACCCCGAGCUGCACUACUUCAAAUGAUAAAA